UCCAAGCGAGGUGCUGGAAUCUGAGCGGCCUUGUAAGGCUUCGAGACGCCGACCCGCCCGGCCUGGGCCACGCUGCCUUCCCGGAGGUUCUCCCUUGCCUCCUUCCCUGCUCCUUCGGACUUGGCCAUGCUGCCCAACACAGGGAAGUUGAGAGGAUGCACUCUUUUUAUCACGGGUGCAAGCCGUGGCAUUGGAAAAGCAAUCGCCUUGAAGGCGGCCAAGGAUGGGGCAAACAUUGUGAUAGCUGCCAAGACAGGAGUGCCGCAUCGCACGCUCCCAGGAACCAUUUACACUGCUGCGGAAGAAAUUGAAGCAGCUGGAGGAAAGGCGUUACCAUGCAUUGUCAAUGUACGAGAAGAAGAGCAAAUAGUUGACGCUGUGAAUAAGGCUGUUCAGACAUACGGAGGGAUAGAUGUUCUUGUGAACAAUGCAAGCGCUAUCUCCUUGACUGGCACACUGGAAACGCCUACAAAAAAAGUGGACCUCAUGAUGAGCGCCAACACGAGAGGGACCUAUCUCACAUCUAAAAUAUGUCUGCCUUACUUGAGGAAGAGUAAGAUUGGUCAUAUUCUUAAUAUCAGCCCACCAAUAAACUUGAAUCCUGUCUGGUUUAGAAAUCACUGUGCCUAUACUAUUUCUAAAUAUGGGAUGUCCAUGUGUGUACUCGGUAUGGCAGAAGAAUUUAGAGGGGAAGUCGCAGUUAAUGCUUUGUGGCCUCAAACAGCUAUAUAUACGUCUGCUAUGGAUAUGCUGGGAGGAGCUGGUGUGGAGAAACAGUGCAGGAAAACGGAUAUUCUUGCAGAUGCUGCAUAUUGCAUUUUAACAAAGCCUAAAAACUUCACUGGAAAUUUUGUUAUUGAUGAAAAUUUGCUGAGGGAAGAAGGAGUGAAGAAUUUUGAUGCAUAUGCAGUUGCACCAGGUCACCCAUUGCUACCAGAUUUCUUUUUAGAUGUGGAUCCUGAGACGCUAGCAAUGAAAAUGGAAGCGCAUGGGGCUUCUCCAGUAUUCAGAGAAGGGAAGAAGCAAGACUUAUCCAAGCACGAAGGUCCUGACAAAACUAAAGCAGAAGGUCCUGAAAGAGGGAAGCAUCAUGUGCACUUUGCAGCCGAGAGCUCGGGGGGCCCUGUGGUGGAAACAUUUAAGAUUAUAAAAGGAGCAAUCAACAAAGAGGUGGUAAAGUCAGUCCAAGGCGUCUAUCAGUUUGAAUUAUCUGGUGAAGAAGGAGGAACGUGGUACAUUGACCUUAAAAGCAAAGGGGGCAGUGCAGGAAGUGGAGAAGCACCUGGGAAAGUUGACGUGAUCAUGAGCAUGUCCAGCAGUGACUUUGUGAAAAUGUUUUCAGGCAAACUAAAGCCAACCAUGGCUUUCAUGUCUGGGAAACUGACCAUCAAGGGUGACAUGGCCUUAGCGAUCAAGCUGGAAAAACUGAUGGGCCAGUUCAACGCCAAACUGUGAUAAUGUUAAGAGGUGGGGAUAGGGGCGUAGUUUUGUGUGUCACAUUGACCUUUCAAUAAAUGUGCAACACUUUGCUGUGGAAGGCGCUAAUGUUUGCUUUUGUUUAACAUGUUAUGAUUUAAUUAAUAAUUUUCAUAAUUUCCUCGAUUGCAUGACAUUUGUAGAGUAUGUGGAACCAGUCCUAACUAGAUUUAUUUGGAAUAAAAUUGUAUUGCUCUAAAGUGGGACUGAUUUCCGAGGGAUUGUUUGUAGGAUCAGUGCUGGCCAUAUAUAUUUUUUCCCCUGAUGAGAAUCACUGCAUCCCAAUUUGCACAUAAAUACUUGUUCCUUUUGGUACAAUCAUGUCAGCCCUGUUUACGUUAGAGGAAGCUGCCAUUUUCCUCUUUCUGCCUUGUUUUUGUCAUCUUUCUAAAUGUCCAGAUUAACUUGAAGUGACUGCACCAGAGUGCAUUUUUUGAGAAAGAAUAGCACUGACAGAGUUGAUGUAAGCUAGUUCUUUGACUGAAGAAAGCUCUGAUCUUGUUCUGGUAAUUCUUAACUUUGGGCCUGAAGUUGCAGUUCUUUGGGAGCCAGCAUGGUGUGGGAGCCAGAAUGUUGUAGUGGUUAAGAGCAGUGGACUCUGAUCUGGAA